UCUGGUUGCGCAUGCGCGCCUCCUCGCCACCACGCCCACUCCACCGCGCCUUCUGCGCCUGCGCACCGCGCAAUCCCGCCCCUCCUUCCUGCGGCGCUCUAGGGACCAUGGCCGAUCCUCGCGUGAGACAGAUCAAGAUCAAGACCGGCGUGGUGAAGCGAUUGGUCAAAGAAAAAGUGAUGUAUGAAAAAGAAGCAAAGCAGCAAGAAGAAAAGAUUGAAAAAAUGAAGGCUGAGGAUGGAGAGAACUAUGCCAUUAAGAAGCAGGCAGAGAUCCUGCAAGAGUCCCGGAUGAUGAUCCCAGAUUGCCAACGGCGGUUGGAGGCUGCAUAUACUGAUCUUCAGCAGAUAUUAGAAAGUGAAAAGGACUUGGAAGAAGCCGAGGAGUAUAAAGAAGCACGUGUAGUGCUGGAUUCAGUGAAGUUAGAAGCCUGAAUGUUUUCUGUAUGGGGUGUUUUAUGCAUUAAAUCCUGGGGUCCACUCUACAAUUCGUUAUUUUUGACCGUUGCUGUGUUUAGUAAUAUGAAAAUGUGGUUCUUUUUAAGCAGUUGCAUAUAUUUUUCUUUGCAUAACUUAAUGUGUCAAAUAAAUGAGUUCAUCUAAUAAAAUUGUUUAU